CUGAUUGAUCAAAAUAAGGAUUAGUAUGACAAAAUAAUAACUGUUUCUGUCCAAUAUGAGCUGAUAACUGAUGUUACACGAUAUCGAUUUUUAAAACGACACCAAUUUUCAAUUUUUGACAAUGGCUGAUGAUCUCAGAACCAGAAUGGAAGAUAAAGAAAAAACUGAUACUGUUAUGAGGACUAUGGUUGUUUUUAGUCUGGCCAUGAUUACUUUGCCAAUAUUUCUCUAUUUUAUCAGCAAAAGUUUUUUCUUUGAAGCAUUUCUUGGAAUGAGUUCAGAAAACAGUUACUUUUAUGCAGCAUUUGUUGCCAUAGGAACCGUACAUAUAAUUCUAGGACUGUUUGUUUACAGAGCAUUCACAGAAGAUUCUGAAGCUAGACGGACUCCUUAUAAAGAAGACUAGUUCUUUCAUAAAAAAAAUACUUUUAAGGAAAAGGCCUUUAAAAAAUCUUCCUAGAUUCUCAUCCAUUAUUUAUUUCAACAAUUAGGACUGGAAGAUUAAGGGCAAUUUUUUAUUUUAUUUUUGCUGUUUUUGUGAAAACUCCUAGGAAACUAAAAAAAUAUAGCGGGGAAAAAAAAAAUCUGCUCUGAAAAAAUCAGGGUAGAAUGGAUUAUAAUCUAGGAAUAUUUUUAUUGCUGUAAUGACUGGUCCAGUUGUAUUCAGGCCUUGGGAAUAUUUUAUUGAAGGAUAGAUGUAUAAUAUUACAGGGGGGUAACAUCGAGUUGUAUAUGAGUAUAUGCAAAGUUUGGUUUUUGUAUAGGAAAAUACCUGUUUUUUUGUAACAAAACAAAAAGAAAUAGUAUAGGCAGUACAAAUUCUAAAUUAUACAAUGUAUUAUUUCUUCCUAUUUAGUACAAAAAUUGUAAUGAAUUAAAUAUAUGUUAUAACUUUUGUUCAAGUUCAAAAUGUUUAUCUUUAUUGGUGUAAAACUUUGAGUUGAUUGGUUUUAAAAACCAAAAACAUCAUAACCUGAAUGUGUGUACAAUGUGGUUCAUUUGAUAUAAAUUAUCAUGUACAUGAACAUAUACAUUUUUCAAACUAUCAUAUAUGAAUGUCAUUAUUUUAAAUUAAAAACAAUGUUAAGUGAAUUUGUUACUUUAAUUGAUUUUUAUAAUAGAUAGAUAAUGAAUUUGGAUAAGACUUUCUCUGUAGCUAUGUACUAGUUUAUGAGAAUAAAAUCAUUCAUUCAUUCAUUUUUUUUAAAAUUAUUUUAGAUAUAUAUAUAAGUGCUGUAUGUGGAUGAAGUAAUGUAAAUUCAGAAAUUAUCACACUCUGAUAUCCUAUACAUAUACCUGUAUGCAGAUUUGUGUGAAAUUACGAUAAUUAAUCACAUUUUUUCCUUUCUUCAAAAAUCGCUAUAGUAAAUGCAUCACAAUAAUUUCUGAAUUUACAGUAAACAGGUUUGAAUUUUAUAAUGUAAUUUUGUGAGGAAAACAAAUACGGUACUUGAAAUGUAAGACAUUCAAUUAUGAUUGUAAGAAAUAACUGAUUAUAUUAUGAACCUUGAACCUCUUGAACAAAUGUUUCUCUCAAUAAAUUUGCAAUAUGCAUCAGUGCCAGAUUUUUACUUGUUUUAGAUAAUUUUAGUGGAUGGGCAAAUUCAAUUAUUUUUAUUUUUUCAAUUUUUUUCUGCAUCAAUUAAGAAACAAACUGUUUAUAGGAAGACAUCAAAAGGUUUCUUUGAAAUAUCUAAAAUAAUAAGUACAUGUAAAUAAAUUAAAUAUAGAUGGGUUUAGAAUUUAGCAACAUUUUUUUCAUUAUGACUAAACGAGAGACACAUACAACACUCAUGACAGACUAGGAAAAUAGUUUAUUAUUUAUAACAAUUGUUUUAAAGAUUUAAAGGAUUCUGUCAUUUUUGCAAGAUAUUGUUUGUAGAAUGAGAGAGUUGGAAUACUGUGUAGAUUUUAUUAGUGUGCUAGUUGAAAUGUAGAGGAGAUAAGAUAAUCAAGAAUGUCUCAAAAGGUUUACUAGUAUGUAUUUGUAUAUGUAUUAACCAUUUUUAUAAAUACAUGUAUGUCAAUGAAAGAAAAAUUAUGUGUUCAUCCCAUCAGAAUUAGUUUUCUUGCAUCUGCUGCCAUCAAAAGAAAUUCGUUUUCUGUUAUCUGUUGAACUGAUGACUAUAUAUUAGAUAUUCAGGAGGAUUUUUAUGCAAAAACAUUUACUUUCAAUAAAAGAUAACAUAUUUA